CGAGAGAGAGAGAGAGAGAGAGAGAGAGAGAGCUUCGUGGAAGCAAAAACCCUCGAAAAUUAGGGCGAAAAAUUUGAUCUUGUGGUUGUGGAAAAUUCGGAAAAAGGGGGAGGAUUCGAGUGGUGGUGAGGGAUCCGGAAUUGGCCUCGGAGAUUUUGAUCGGAGGCCCGUUCCGGCGGGGCUUGGGGUUGAGAUUCAAGGAGGAGGAGGUGGAUGAUGGGGUGGGAUUUCGGAGCGAUGCUGAUGAGAGUGGGGACGUCGGACUAUGCAUCCGUCGUCUCCAUCAAUAUCUUUGUGGCGUUGCUUUGUGCUUGUAUUGUGAUUGGGCAUCUCCUUGAGGAAAAUCGGUGGAUGAAUGAGUCCAUCACUGCGCUUAUAAUCGGGAUUUGCUCGGGGGUUGUGAUCCUGUUGACGUCGAAGUGGAGGAGCUCGCAUAUUCUGGUGUUUAGUGAGGAUCUCUUCUUUAUAUAUCUUCUCCCUCCGAUCAUUUUCAAUGCAGGGUUCCAAGUAAAAAAGAAACAGUUUUUCCGCAAUUUUAUGACAAUUAUGCUAUUUGGUGCUGUUGGAACACUGAUAUCAUUUUUCAUAAUUUCAAUUGGUGCCAUUGGAUUUUUCAAAAAAAUGGACAUUGGUCUGGAUAUUAAUGAUUAUCUUGCAAUUGGGGCAAUCUUUUCAGCAACAGAUUCUGUUUGCACCCUGCAGGUUCUCAACCAAGACGAGACACCUUUGCUGUAUAGCUUGGUGUUUGGUGAAGGUGUUGUUAAUGAUGCCACAUCCGUUGUACUUUUCAAUGCAAUUCAGAAUUUUGAUCUGGGUCACAUUGAUGUUGUUAUCGUGCUCCAGUUUAUUGGAAACUUCUUUAAAUUAUUUGUUACUAGCACCUUGCUUGGAGCAGUUGGAGGGUUGCUUAGUGCAUACAUCAUAAAGAAGUUGUAUUUUGGCAGACACUCCACAGAUCGAGAAGUUGCCCUUAUGAUGUUGAUGGCUUACCUUACAUAUAUGAUAGCAGAGCUGUUGAAUUUAAGUGGCAUUCUCACAGUAUUCUUCUGCGGGAUAGUAAUGUCUCAUUAUACCUGGCACAAUGUCACAGAGAGUUCCAGAAUUACCACGAAGCAUGCUUUUGCGACAUUAUCAUUUAUUGCUGAGACAUUUCUUUUUCUUUAUGUUGGGAUGGAUGCAUUGGACAUUGAGAAGUGGAAAUUUGUCAGCGACAGUCCUGGGACGUCAAUUGGAGUCAGCUCAGUUUUGUUAGGCAUGGUCUUGGUUGGAAGAGCUGCUUUUGUCUUCCCAUUAUCUUUUCUAUCAAAUCUAGCUAAGAAAUCUCCAAAUGAGAAAAUACCCUUUAAGCAGCAGAUUACAAUAUGGUGGGCUGGUCUUAUGAGAGGUGCAGUAUCGAUUGCUCUUGCAUACAAUCAGUUCACAAGAUCCGGGCACACCCAAAUACGCGCCAAUGCUAUCAUGAUCACCAGUACAAUAACAGUUGUACUUUUCAGCACACUGGUGUUUGGAACAAUAACUAAGCCACUUGUGAGGCUAUUAUGUGCAAGGCACAGUGGCAUUCCUUCAGAACCCACAACCCCAAAAUCUUUCCUCUAUCCACUCCUUGACAAUGGGCAGGGUUCUGAAGUAGAAACAGGAGCCAUUUGCAUCCCUCGCCCGUCAAGCCUUCGGAUGCUUCUUAGGACACCGACUCACACUGUCCACCAUUACUGGCGUAAGUUCGAUGAUGCUUUCAUGCGUCCUGUUUUUGGUGGCCGCGGAUUUGUUCCAUUUGUCCCCGGUUCACCUACCGAAAGAAGUGUUCAUGGAGAUGAAAACUGAAAACAAAGACAUCACAUAUCUGAUCAUGCUCAAUUUUGUGGCUUUGCAAGGUUCAGCCAUGGCUAGUUGCAGUCUUGUAUGCUAUUUGGUCCGAUUUAUUUAUUUUUCCAUUGAUCUUGUCCGCUAGACCACGAACCAAUGCACAAUGCCUGUCACGGAAAUGUCGUCUCCUCUUUAUUGAUUAGUGUAUCAUGUUAUUGUAAAAUAGCUGUUGUUUGUGUAUCUAUUUAUGCUCAUUGACAAGUUGCUGUAUGAUUUACAAAACAAGGUUUGUAAGUUGUAUCAAUAAUUUUUCGUGUUACCGAAAAUUUGUAAUGUGGUUGUAGUGUCCUAGAAAAUUGUUGUGUGUUUGUUGUGUAACUUUGUGUGUUUUACAAAACAAGGUCUGUUUGUUGUAUCUAUAAAUUCUUGUGUUACUGAAAA